AGAGAGCGAGCGAGGGAGAGAGCAACAAGGUGAGCGCAGCGCGCAGUACGCUUUGUUGUUGUCGCUGCUGCUGUUCGCGGAGCGAAGGUGAAAAAGGAAGAAGAAGAAAAUGUCAACGUUCUUGAACAAUUUCUUUCCGGCAGAUACGGCUGCUAUGGAUCCAAUUUUCUUUUCACCUUCAAACGGUAUACCCUCUGAAAGUAAACUCGCCACUUAUAUGAAUCGACAGAAUGUUGCCCCAACGUCGGGCUAUGGGCUGAAUAACGGUAACGUUAACGUUAACGGUAACGGUAACGGUAAUGGGUUCUCACUACUUAACUUGGACUCGUCCCUAGCAGUUAAUAAAAAGUCUCAGGUAACGCCACAAUCGCCCGAAUUCAUUCCAACGCGCAUCAAUUCGUCUCCCAACUUCUAUCCACCAUAUCACAUGAAUAAUGGCCUAAACGGCGUCAAUGGGUUAACAGCCGCCGCUGCCGCCGCCGCCGCCGCCGCAGCCGUUGCGACAGUCGCAGCGCCCGUUUCCACAGCAACUGUUGCCGCCUCCGCCGCCGCCUCAACCGUGAGCAUUAGCAAGACUUCAAAUGGCAGCGGCAGCUCCGCUGCGAUGCUCUCCAUGCAGAAAACGGCCGUCGUUGCAACUGUUAACAUUGCGCAACAGCAACAACAACAGCAGCAACAGCAACAACAGCAACAGCAACAGAAGCAGCAACAACAGCAGCAGCAACAAUCUUCCCUGGUAAACGAUCAAGUUGCUGGCAGCUCGGCGCCAAUUGCGAUUAUACCGAACCCGGCGGCGGCGCCAUUUGUCAGCAACAUGUCCGGCCAGACGCCGCUUAAGGCGCGCGCUGCUCUCAUGCGGCAGGAGUCGCCGACGGCGGCGCUCAUCGGUGGCGAGAAGUCGCCGCCACAUGGCAUGACGCCGCACGGCGCAUCGCCCAUACCCACAACAUUGCCAGCGAGCGUGCAUCAGGAGAACGUGGGCGGCACCAUCUACUUUUAUCCGACUGCCAAUGCAGCGAACAACCAGCCGGUGGUCAAUUCGGUUGUGGUGGAUGCCGCACAUCCGGCACAUCCGGCCCAUCAUGGCGUUGUCAGUGCUGUGGCACCGUUGAGCGCUGUGCCCUCGCAGCUGUUGUAUGCGGGACAUGUGUAUCCGGGGCCCGCGUCGAAUGUGAUUGCGAUGCAGCCAAAGACGCAGCUGGAAUCGGCCUUCUUUAUGCCCGACGAGAUGCGCUCCGAUAUACUUGCCCGCAACGAGAUCUCCAAUCUGAUUAUGGACGCUGCGGAGGCGGCACAGCACGCCCUGCCCCUCGAGGUGGACAACUAUCAUGCGCUCUAUCCGCUCGAGCCGCCGGCGCAACCGAUGCACACGAAACUAACGCUGCCGGCAAGCACGUACCGGGCCACGCACAAUAGCACAGGGUUCAAGUAUUGCCUGAGAAGAUUACACGGCUUUCGAUUGCAGUCCACAAAAUGUAUGGCGCUUGUGGAGAUGUGGAAGAAGCUGCAGCACACGAAUGUGGUGCAGUUGCGUGAGGUGUUUACGACAAAAGCAUUUGGUGAUAACUCCUUAGUAUUAGUGUACGACUACUAUCCCGGCUCACAGACAUUGCUAGCCAAAUACUUUACGCCAGCGCCAGAGACCAACGGCUACACAGAUCCAUUCCAAGGCGAGGCACGCCCCUUCAGUCAUAAGAGCAACAUGCAGCGCACAAAUAACGGACCUUUGCUGCCCGAGUCGACAAUUUGGUCGAUCAUAAUGCAGCUGACCGCGGGCCUGAGGGCCAUACACCAAGCGGGACUCGCCUGCAAAAUUCUAGAUCCCACAAAGAUAAUUGUGACAGGGAAACGUGUGCGCUUUAGCUCCUGCUGCAUCUCGGAUAUCACGCAGUUCGAUCCCAAUGCGGCCAAUCCCUUGGCGCUGGUCAACAUGCACCAGCAGGACGAUCUGACCGCACUGGGACGCUUAGUAUUAGCGCUGGCCUGUCGCUGCCUGCAGUCCGUGCAGCGCGACAAUGUGCAGUCCAGCAUCGACAUGGUAACCAGAAACUACUCCACCGAUCUACGUAAUUUUAUUGUUUACCUCUUCACCACGAAUAACCGCCGCUCUGUAACGGAUCUGAUGCCCAUGAUUGGCGCCAGGUUUUAUACGCAGCUGGACGCGCUGCAGGCUCAGGUGGAUAAGCAGGAGGAUGAGCUGGCCAAGGAGAUGGAAAACGGUCGUCUAUAUCGCAUUUUAGUUAAACUGAACAGCAUCAACGAACGACCUGACUUCAACUUGGACUGCACUUGGUCGGAGACUGGUGAUAGAUAUAUGCUGAAACUAUUCCGUGAUUUUCUAUUUCAUUCCGUCACCGAGGAUGGCCGACCCUGGCUGGAUCACGCGCACAUUGUACAAUGCCUCAAUAAGCUGGACGCGGGCUCCAUCGAGCGCGUGCAAUUGAUGUCACGCGAUGAACAAUCGGUACUAAUUGUCUCCUAUGCUGAGCUCAAGAAUUGUCUGGAGAAUGCCUUCUCCGAGCUGAUGUCGAGUGCGGCCAAUUGAGAGCAGCGUCACGAACAACAGCAGCAGCAGCAGCAGCUCACUUAGCCACGCCCAUGUUCAUGACCGCCCCCCCAUAAGAACCACCCCUCCACCCUUCCCCUACUCGACCACAAGCAACUACGAUUAAAAGGUUUAAGAUAUAAGAGAAAAACAUUCAUUAUACUAAGACAUUUUGGCGCAUGCCCUUUAAAUAAGUAAAUGAAGAAUAUAAAACUUAA